AAAGACCAAACCAAACACACAGACAAGACCAAACAAAACAAGAAGCAAAACCAAAAACUCAAGCAAAACCCUACUAAAAACUGUCCCGUCUCUUUCUCCCUUCGAGUGGAAUACCAACAAGUCUUCUGUUUCUGCUGCUCCGUUUUCAAAGAUGCUGAGUAACGGGCGUGGACAUGGUGGAAAGCAUGUGUACGACGGAGUUUUUGGUGGUGGUGGUGCAGUGAAGCCUGGGAGUCGCGUGGAGGAUUACAGAGAGAUUUUUGGUGGGUUUGGUGCCACUGGUUCUUCGAUUCCGAUUCUUGAUGUUCCCGAGCUGAAUGAGAAUGGUAAUGUUUCUUCUGUUGGUGCCCAAAGGAUUGAUUACGCCAAGAUUUUUGGUGGUUUUGGAGAUGCUGAUUUUGGCUUGCCUCUUGAAGAAUUCCUUGCUAAACCAAAGAAAGUCAAGAGUUCUAUCAAUGGAAGUCGGUCUCCAGCUGAAGCAGGGUCGCGGAGUGCGGGGUCAAAACAUUCUAAUGUUUCAAAAGAUCAAAAAGGUUCAUCACCUGAACCAUCUUUCCAGAGGUUUGGUGGCGUGAAACAGUUUAAUGUGUCUUAUAAUAAAAGCAACCCAGGAAACAAAAAUGGGACAAAUGGAAUGACACAUGUUGCUCAACUCCAUGCAGUUCCUGGUUAUACUUUUUUAGUUGAUGAAGUCACUCCCUCAAAGAUGGCUGAAGGUGGCAAGCCAGCACGAUCAGCAUUAGAUGAUGCUUGUCUCAAUGUUAAUGGCAGCAAGAGUGUGAAGGAAGAUGCAGCUCGCAGGAAAGCUGUUUCAGGUCCACAACCCAGCAUCGACACACACAGUUUUAGAAGUCUUGCUGAAUUUCAGAAGAAAUCAAGUCGACCUAGAUCCAUGUCGAAUGAUAUGCCAUUUGAUGCAUUUGAAAUUGGCCUAGGUAGACAUCCACCUUCAAGCUCACCGUCUAACUCCAGUUAUAAUAAUGGUGGUGAAAAUACAUCAAUGAAUUCAAAGUUUGGCGUUUCUAGAAAUGAUGCUUCCAGAGAUGCAUUGGGUGAUUAUUCACCAGCUUUCUCUGAUGAGGAAAUAGAUGCAAAUUCAGAUGCUGCUGCCUCAGUAGCUGCACUUAGAAAGGCAAUAGAGGAGGCUCAAAUGAAAAUUAAAAUUGCAAAAGAAUUGAUGGAGAGAAAGAAAGAAGGGCUUCAAAAUCGUGCAAAGACAAGCUUUAAUAACGGCUGGAAAGCUCAGAAAAGUAGGGUUAAAACUGCAGAAAGAUCAAAAAGAUCCAAUGAGCUGGGGGAUCAGGAAAUGCAUGAAAAAGAGGAUACUCCAAAGCAAGUAUUUGCUGGCUUACCAGAGCAUAAUGUGACAAAAGCAAGCCAACUACCCCAGAGUUUUAAAAAUGAGAAGAAAUCUUCUUUUGCUAAUAAUAUUGUUAGAAAAACACACAGCAUGGAAUCCAAAUCAACUCGAACGGAUAGUAGACUGGAAGAAGCAGAAGACUGGGAGUCAACAGAAGAGUUUUUUGAAGCUGCGGACUAUGAGGAGCACAGGGAGAUGCCAUCAGAAUAUGAGGAGGCAGGCAAUGCAGAGAAAAUGGUGUCAUAUGAUCAUGAAAAUAAAUGGAGAGAGAAGAUGACUGCAGAAGAAAAAAUAAAAACGCCAGAGCGUGGCGAGGAAACUUUUAAGGAGCACAAGGUCGAGAGAGAACUAAGCUCAGAAGAAUUUUUUGAAGCUGCGGACUAUGAGGAGCACAGGGAGAUGCCAUCAGAAUAUGAGGAGGCAGGCAAUGCAGAGAAAAUGGUGUCAUAUGAUCAUGAAAAUAAAUGGAGAGAGAAGAUGACAGCAGAAGAAAAAAUAAAAACGCCAGAGCGCAGCGAGGAAGCUUUUAAGGAGCACAAGGUCGAGAGAGAACUAAGUUCAGAAGAGUUUUUUGAAGCUGCAGACUACGAGGAGCACAGGGAGAUGCCAUCAGAAUAUGAGGAGGCAGGCAAUGCAGAGAAAAUGGUGUCAUAUGAUCAUGAAAAUAAAUGGAGAGAGAAGAUGACAGCAGAAGAAAAAAUAAAGACGCCAGAGUGCAGCCAGGAAGCUUUUAAGGAGUACAAGGUCGAGAGAGAACUAAAUUCAGUGGUAGGAGCAUUUCAGUGGAAUUUAUAUGCAAACUUCGUUAAGCCAGCUGGAGAGCUUCAUAACCAGGAAGAAAACGAGGAGAAAAUGAAAUUUUCUAACAAUCAUGAAGAAGCUGAGCAAACAUCUAUAGUGUCUGAUGAUUGGGAAGACUGUGAAACUAAGCUGGAAAAACUUCACCACCCUUACAAAAAAGCAGAAUUUCCAAUCCAGGAGUUGGAGGAGAACGAAGAAAUGAAGGAACUAAAAGAUGCUCAGGACUCGGUGGAAACUGAGAAGAAACAAAGGGAGGCACUAGAUCAUAAGGAAAUGGAGAAUAGAUCAGAUGAAGUUCCUAUUACGGAUGAUGAGUAUGAUGGAAGCCUCGAUGAUAUAUAUGAGAAAGAAGCAAAUGUGGAGGGACAGCAAGAAGACUGGGACAGGGUAGAAUGUGGAAUGAAACAAGGUGGUUGGAACCUAAAAGAAAAUGAGGAGAAACAAAAUGAUUUGCACAGGGGAGAAAUAUCAGGUGAAGAUGGUGGGAUAGAAUGGAGUGCGAAGCUGGGAGAACUCAAGGAGGAUGAAGAGAUACUCAAAAGAAGUGACCAGAUGAAUGAAAUUGAGAAGAGAGGAGAAAAGAUGUGUGAAGGGAUAGAAACUGAGAGGAUAAGAUCAGAGAGUCAUCAGUGGGGAGAAGAUAGAAAGGCCAUGGAAGUGACUGAACAGUCCUUAAGAUACGAGGGGGGCAAUCUUGAAACUGCGAAGGAUGCAAACAAGCAGGAAAAAAAUGAGAACCUAGGUGAGAGUGACAAUGCCUGGGGACGCACUACUAACUUUGCUGUUGGGGAUUUAAAGACACGGGUUCUUACUGCCGAGGAGAAUGGAAGGCUAAUGGAGGUAACUGAAUUUUCUCCUCUGUUACAAGGGACUGAACAGGAGUCAAAGGCAGUCAAAGACGCAAACAGUCCGGAGGAACAGGAUUGUGAAAUUGCUUGCUUGGCUCAAGGUUUCAUUGGACUUGAUAGGAUCAAGAAGCAAACUGCAGAUGUAACUGAGGAUCUUCUUAUUGGCGAAAAUGGGGUAUAUUUUGGUGAAAAUGACGUUAACUUUGAAAACAAGCAAAAUCAUCAUGUAACAGAAUACAAGAGCAUGCCUAAUCAGGAAAAAUGCGUUGAAGAUGUAACUAUUGAAUUGGAUGAUAAUGGUGAUGUUGAUAUUUGUGAACCUGAAGUUCACGCUAGUAAUGAAGAAAGUGAGAAGAGUUCGAUAUCCUCUCAUAAUGAAAGAUGGUCCAGUGAUGAGACAGAAUCACUUUGUGAUCCAGAGUGCUGUAUUGAAGAAGCUGCUUGUGAAUUCGGAGAAAAUAACAACGAUAUCAAUGAGUCUGAAGUUAUAGCAAAUCACGAGAAUUCUUUUGAAUCUUCUCAAGAUGAUAGAUGGGUAGAUAAUGGUAUCAAUACCAAAGCAAGUCAGCAACCUUGUAUAUUUAAAGGGCAGGGGGAGAUCACAGAGAAAUCCGUGGAAGAGGAAUUAAGCCAAAGCACCAGCAAGAAAGAGGAGAAUUGUUGCAAAAACCUGGCAAUGGAAGAGAAGGAAUGUGAAGAUGAUUUGAAAAAGGAAGUGGAGGUGGAAAAGAAACACUCGAAGAAAAAGGAAAAAGUGAAAGAGGGGGAAGUAGAAAGAGAAAAGGAGAGAAUAGCUGUUGAAAGGGCAAUACGAGAAGCGCGUGAAAGGGCUUUUGCAGAAGCCCGAGAAAGGGCUGCUAUCGAGAGAGCAGCUGCAGAAGCUCAUCAAAGGUCAAAGGCUGAAGUCCGAGAAAGGCUAGAGAAGGCUCCUUCAGAAGCUAAUAACAAGUCAGCUGCUGAGAAGGCUUCUUCUGAAGCCAAACUAAAAGCUGAACGUGCUGCAGUAGAGAGAGCAACUGCAGAGGCCAGGCAGCGUGCCCUAGAAAAAGCGUUGUCUGAGAAGGCUGCUUUUGAGGCAAGAAAUCAGGCUGAAAAGUCUACAGCUGAGAGACUUUCAAGCAUUUCAAAAGCUAACGGGAUGAAUUCCAGAGAUAAACAAUACAACGACCCAGGUCCUUCUAGCAGUUCAAGAUAUCCAGGAUCUUCAAAUCAUGGUGAAAGUGCAAAUGGAGGUAAUGGUGAAUCAGCUCAAAGGAGUAAAGCCACGUUGGAAAGGCAUCAAAGAACAGCAGAGCGUGCGGCAAAAGCUCUCGCAGAGAAGAACAAGCGGGAUCUUCUUGCUCAAAAAGAGCAGGCGGAGAGAAAUAGACUGGCAGAGACUUUGGAUGCUGAUGUCAAGAGAUGGUCUAGUGGGAAGGAGAGAAACUUGCGCGCUCUUCUUUCAACACUGCAAUAUAUCCUUGGCCCUGAUAGUGGCUGGCAGUCGAUUCCUUUAACUGAGCUUGUUUCAAGCACUGCUGUGAAGAAAGCUUAUCGAAAGGCCACUCUAUUUGUUCAUCCUGACAAGUUGCAGCAACGAGGUGCAAGCAUACAACAGAAAUACAUCUGCGAGAAGGUUUUUGAUCUUCUGAAGGAUGCCUGGAACAAACUCAGUGCAGAAGAACGGUAGACAAUGUCAACCCUCAUCCUUAAGGUUUCCUUUACUGUAGACAUGAUCCACAGCCAAAUUUGUAAUCCUCAAUCCUUCACUGUAGGCAAUACACACCCACCUUCGUAUCCUUGGUCCGCAAUACCUAAAUUCUUGCAGUAGGUAAAUUCUUGUGGUGCAUUCAUUUGCCCAUGUAUUCAAUUUCAAAGCUGUCAAAAGGGGUGCGUUGCUGUUAA